UUAAUUUGGAAUUUGACUCGCAGCCGAAGACGGAGUCCCAUGAGCGCUACAUACAGAGGCUUUCUUCAUAGAGAAACAUGUAUUUUGUGCUUAAUGGCAGUUCCGUACAAUAAUUCAGUUCAGUUCGAAACUGUACUCAUUUCGUAGAAGCCAAUCCGAGUAAAACACUUGACUCUCUGUGUACUAUGUUUAAGAGGAUGGCUGAAUUUGGUCCAGAUUCGGGGGGUCGGGUGAAGGGAGUGACUAUCGUGAAACCUAUCGUGUUUGGAAACGUUGCACGAUAUUUUGGCAAGAAAAGAGAAGACGAUGGUCACACUCAUCAGUGGACAGUUUAUGUGAAGCCUUACAGGAAUGAGGAUAUGUCUGCUUAUGUCAAAAAGAUACAAUUCAAACUGCAUGAAAGUUACGGGAACCCUUUAAGAGUGGUUACAAAGCCUCCAUAUGAGAUUACUGAGACUGGAUGGGGAGAGUUUGAGAUCAUCAUAAAGAUAUUUUUCAUUGAUCCAAAUGAGAGACCGGUCACACUGUAUCAUCUGCUGAAGCUCUUCCAGUCAGACUCCAGCGCCAUGCCGAAGAAGACCGUAGUGUCUGAGUUCUACGAUGAGAUGAUAUUUCAAGACCCUACAGCCAUGAUGCAACAGCUCCUGAACACCACCAGACAGCUGACGUUAGGUGCCUACAAACACGAGACCGAGUUUGCAGAGCUGGAGAUACGAACACGAGAAAAAGUGGAAGCGGCGAAGAAGAGGACGAGCCUGGAGAUCGCAGAGCUGAAGGAGCGACUGAAAGCCUCCAGAGAAAACAUCAACUUCCUGAAGGGAGAGAUACGCAGACUGGAGGAGGAGGACCAGAUGAAGGAUCACUGAGGACUUCAGCACCAUCAGACGGCUGUCCUGUAGCGGGACGGUGAACACAAACACGUGUGAUUUAGUGGGACUGAUCAAUUCACGUUUCUGGUUAUAAUUUUGACAAUAAAUGUAGUAGUGAACAACUAUGUGUUGUUCAGUCUUAUUGUCCAGAUCAUCAAAAUGUGUGCAAAUACGUGACUGCCUUUUGAACCUUUGUAGUUCUCACUGACUUGUUUUGUAUGAUUAAAACAUUUUUUUUUUUACAAAUA